AGCCAUUUUUUGCUCCACGGCACCAGUUCCGCACGCGUUGCAUGUCCGUUCUCCGCAUGUCCCGACGGAUGGUGAAGCUGUCCGCUCUGCCCGCUGCUCGGCUUCGAUGGUUUCUUCGACCUGCCUGCGGUAUUCGGCAGACCCUGCGUAUGGCGGGCACGGCUGUCCAGCGCGCGGGCGAACAUCAGAAUUCCGUGCACAACAUCGGAGCCGGUGCCGGAGCGCAGGAUAUGGACCUGGCUGCCUGGUCCCGGCUAAAGAACUCCGAAGUUGGAGAGGCCAUCUCACCACGACUCACGAAGAUAGGGGCUUGGAGGCCGGAUCCACAACCCAAAUUUCAGGUGAACGAAGUGUCGGGAUUAACACCUGGAGUACCAGCAGCAGUUGUACAGGGUGUACUGUCUGAACAGGAAUGCAAGGAGCUGAUUGCUGGUUUUCCUUCAGGUGGUCAGGGCUUUAUGCCCGGGCAACGCGUAGCAGAACUUUACAGAGAUCGAAAGGUGAAAUCGCGAAGUCUCGUGAAUGACGAGUUGCUUGCUAGGAUUCUGCAAGAGAGGUUGAGAGAGGUUUUGCCACAGCAACUGGAUGGCGGCAGAUUGUUUUCGGUCAAUCCUAAUUUUCGCUUCGUGCAUUAUGAUACUGGAGGCCGGCAUUCCACUCACAUUGAUGGCCGAGAGCCAGUCAUGCCAAGGUGGGAUGAGGCUGCUGAGGGUUGGGUACAGUCGCGAUUGACAAUGCAGAUCUAUUUGAACAGCCAUGGCAAGGACUUUGAAGGAGGCGAGUUUGCCAUUGUUGAUGCAGAUGACAACGGAGAAGAUGUGCAGGUCAAGCAUGUGAUCAAACCGCAAGCUGGAGAUGUUGUGCUUUUCUACCAAGAAAGGCUGAAUCCACCUUCAGACUAUCCUCCCUAUGAGCUGCAGCAUCAGGGGAAUGAUGUCACCGCAGGCCAGAAGUUUGCAUGCCGCACCAUGGUCGAUUACAUUUUUCCGAACGAAGAGGUAGCUCACUUCAGCAAUGUGAAGGAUGACUACAUGGCCAAAAAUGCUGACAAGAUGUCGGUACUAGCCAUUGGCAACACCAUCAUGGAUACCAUGCUCACUGUGAGCCAUAUCCCUGUGGAUGAGAAGAUCCAUGUUGAGACCAAGAAGACUUAUGUGGGUGGGCAAGGUGCAAACGCUGCCCAAGCUCUAGCCCUUCUUGGUGCCAAGGUUUCCUUCAUGACACGCAUAGGAGAUGAUGCGGAAGGCACCACCGCCGUGACGGCCUACAAAAAGUUGGGCAUGGAUCUGGCGCAUGUCAUUUGUGUUCCAGGAGCCCACACAAGCGUUGCAGCCGUGCUGGUUGCCACAGACAAGGAAAAACAUCGAAGUUGUUUGAUUUACGAUGACCCGCGGUUGCUGGAACCAUGUUCUGCAGAGGCUCUGAACACCGCAAUUCAGCGGCUCUCUUCGGGAGAUUUCCAUGCGGUCUACACAGAUGGCUGGCAGAUUGAUUUGGCUUUGCCCAUCGCCAGGGCCGCCCAGAAAUUGUCGAUUCCCAUCCUGGCAGAUGUCGAAGUGGUGAACGCCGAGACCCGCGAGCUGGCUGACUUGGCCACUGUGGUCAUUGCCAGCGUUCCCAUCAUCAAGGCUCUGGCAGGAAAGGAUGACCUUAGAGCUGCCGUGUUGGCCCUGGCGAACCGACCAGGUCGUGUGAUCGUUGCCACGGAAGGUGAGAAAGGUUCACAUGGUGUGGCAUACUUCGAAGAGAUCGUUCAUGUGCCGGCCAUGGAUGUAGAUGUUCAUGACACCACUGGCGCGGGCGACUCAUUUCAUGCGGGCUAUCUCAUGGCCUUCCUUAAAAGACAAGGGGUCGCAGAUUGUAUGUCUUUCGCCACAAAAGUUGCAGCGGCAAAAUGCGAAACUCCCGGAUCCUCUGUAACACACGAGGCUUUGGAACGUUUCGGUUUGUUGGACAGGCAGCAACGUGCACAGGUCACGGUCAGUUGAUUGGGUCUGGCAGGCGAUGCUAACCCACAGCCCAACGAGCAUCAACGAGCUGCCAAUGUGCAACCACUCCGUUUGAAAACAGCAGACUUGGAAGCAACUCCGUGUCUGAUCAGCUGAUGGAGCUGAAAGGCCUUGCAGUUUAAAACUCGC